UUCAUCUUUCAGCCACACCACUCUUUUCAGAGGCACAGAUCUUUUGAAAGCUGAUGGGGACCUCUUUCUCAACAGCAAUUCAGGAGUUAAUCCUCAACCAAACAACCUUGUUAAGUAGUUCAGAAGUACAGGGUUGUUUCAAAAAAUUGUAGGGAAGAUGCGGAACACCAUAUUUAUGUAUCACUCUGUUGAAAACUCCAGGGAUCCCUCUGCUUUCGAAGCAGAUGGAGAUCCCACUCUAUCAAAGGUUUUGUCUGUUGGCUCUUUUAAAUGAGGCUGGUGCUGCUGACUCUUGGAGAGUAAAAAGGAGAAAGCGAAACACUGCUGAAAUGUCAUCAAGUUCCACUUCUCUUGCACUAGUAAGACUGUACUCUUCUACUGGGUCAACCAACAGGAAUACUGAGAUUCUCAGCGUCAACAGCCUCUCUCGGGAUAUCUUAAUUAAUUUCCCGCAUUCGAUAGCCAUGCAGAAGCAAAUAUUGGUAAACCUCAGGACGGUGGAAUACAAGCUGGAACGUUGGAACGUUUACUAGUUACCAGGGGUUCAAAUAGUUAACUGGAAAUCUACUGACACGCUUACAGAAUGUAAUGCCCCUAGAAGCAAUCAUUAAAGAUAUUUGGAGUGGAUUCAUUUGCUUAUACAUGUUUAUACCAAAUGAAUUAGUGUUUAAA